UAUACACAAUUUACAAACCGAAACACCCUUGGCCGAGCUUGGUGAUCACAUCUUCCUCUCAGUUCCUCGCGAAAUGCCAAAUCAUCCCUAAAAUUGGUAUAUUGCGAUGUGCAGAAGGCGCGAUGACGGAGUGGAGUCGAGUGCUGUGGAAGAAGCAGCCUUACCCAGACAACUACGUCGGCGACUCCUUCCUCAGAGUUAGCAAGAAACGUCGGGAAGUGACAUACGGACAAGCUUUUUAUUCAGCAACAGCCGUUACCCAGGAAAUAUGCAGCUGUCUCAUCCUGGUUGCAGUAUUCUGUGGGCUUUCAGAAGGUCACAUGAAAGCUGCAAGUGUUUUGAUAUUCACAGCUGUUCUGGGUGUUACAGGAUAUUUCAUUACCAGAUCUCAGCUCAAAUCUUCAGCCAGAGAUGAUAUCAAAUUGGUGUGCUUCUAUGUAGUACUGAUCUCUUGUGCAUCACCAGUGGUUAAGAGUUUGACAGGCAGUGUUGCCACAGACACAAUUAAUGCUUGUACAACUGCAUUGCUACUGUUAAGGAUAGUCCACCAGGACUAUGGUGCUCUUGUUGCAAUAGUGAAUCCAACAGUGUCACAUAACCUGGGAGUAUUUGCAUCAGUGUGUCUCGCAUCUAGACUUGGAAGUGACAGGGAUGUGUUUGCCUUGAUGACACUGGCUGUGGCUUUGUUUGCCCUCUUCCCAGGAUUCAGGAAAUAUUGUAGGGCUAAACUCGGAACAACCUUGGACCUUUUUUUCACUGUUUUUGUGGUUGCCAUCACAGCCGUUGGCCUUUGGUUGUAUGCAGCACAUCUCAUGCCCCUCUUAGCCUUUGCUCUUGUUACCUGCAAUGGCAUCAUCCCAGCACUCUUUGUUGCACUUCAAGGACACAAGCAGAAUAUUUAUGGUCCCUGGGAUGAAGCACAGAUUGAAGAUCAGUAAUAAAUAUGAAAUGUGCCAUUCACACAUGCAUGAUACUGUCUUGUAUCUUAUCAUCAGUUCCAUGCAUGAGUUGUAACAAAUGUAUGGUAUAACUCAUAACAAAAGCAGAGCAGGAAGAUGGUCUAAAUUUAAGUGAAAUAUGAAAUAGGGCAAAUAUGUUUUCUCAUGUUUUCAUGUGUCCUGAAUUUUUCACAGGAGAUUCAUCAUUUCAUAUUAAUUUAUUUAUUAGUGAUGUUACAUAUCUGUUUUUGUCUGCUCAAUGAAAUCAGAACUUGUGUCUGUAAGAAUAUAUUUUGUACAAAUAAAAAAAUCGCCAUUGUAUA